CAGCAGCAAUUUGCUUCUGCCCAACUGGUUGCAGAUUAUAAUCUAGCAGUGAGUCACAAAUUACAGCAAAUAAGGUUUAAUAAUCGCCUGAUUCAAGUGACCUGAAUGCAUCCUCAGUUUAUACAUUGUGGAUUUUUUUUUUUUUCUUCAGAUGGACAAAAGUAAACGUUGUGUCUCCAUGACACAGAGGCUUGAGUCAUAUACAGAUCUGGAGCCUAUCCCAGGAUCUGUUUGUCCAUGUUAUCUAGUCACACCCCCAACCGCCUAACAUCACUGGAGCACACGUCCCUGCAGUCCACUCUCUGCUUUUUGCUCACUUUCAGGUGGAAGCUCCCUCUGAGAACAGGAAACUCUAACCUACAUUUAAAAAAGAAUAAAGCUGCUCAACAUGUGCACUGGAAAAUGCUCCCGCUUCAUCGCCAUCGGCCUGUACCCACUGGUGGUCAUUUCCAUCAUCUGUAACAUUGUGCUGUUUUUCCCUGCGGGAGACACCAAGUACGUCAGUGAUGGAAAAAUUACUGAGGAGGUGAAGUACAUGGGGGGAGUCAUCGGAGGGGGUAUAAUGGUGCUGCUCCCGGCUCUUUACAUUCACCUGACUGGAAAAGAGGGUUGCUGCGGAAACCGCUGCGGGAUGUUCUUGUCCAUCGCCUUUGCUGCGGUGGGCGUCGCCGGCGGUCUGUACAGCUUCAUUGUGGCGGUGCUGGGCCUGAAGAACGGGCCCUACUGCAAAGUUUUGCUGGUUUGGAUGACACCAUUUAAAGACAGUGAGAAAGGUUACCUGGCUGACAGCUCACAGUGGAUCAAAUGCACAGAACCCGAAGAUAUUGUCCAGUUUCACAUCGGGCUGUUCAGCACUCUGCUGGCCACCAGCAGCUUGCAGGUCAUUCUCUGCGCCGCUCAGAUGAUCAACGGCCUCUUUGGCUGUCUGUGUGGAACCUGCAUCAAGAAAGAGGUCAUCUGAAGACACCUCAAGAAAGUGAUUGGGAGGUCCUGACAGCUCACUGGUGCCCCCUGCAGGAAGUACUGUCCACUGUGUUUGUUGAAUGUAUUUUUUCUAAAAAUUGUACUUUUUUUUUUAAAGAAUUCUUAGCUUUACUUAUUUUGACAUCACAUAAAAUUCACAAAAUUUUACUAUACGUUUGAUGUAUUUGAAAACUUUAAUUUGAGACCCAAACGGAUUUAAGUUCGAAUUUUAAUUUCAUUAUUCCAUCACUUUUUUCUCCUUCCUUUCCUAAAAGGUCUUGACGUUCUCACCUACAUUUUGUCAAUAGGUUGUCUCACUGUGAUUACUCUUGAAUUAAUUUGGUAAAACUCAAAGUUUACCUUGUGUUGUGCCGUUUAACACUUUAUAGAACAGGGUUCUCAAACUCAACUUACCUUGGGGCCACUGAAGGCAAAUUCUGGCUGAGUCUGGGCCGUAUGGGGUUCUAUUUGUGCUGAAAACAUGCUUUAGCGUCCACUGUCUGUACCUUUGGUCCAGUGCCUAGGAGUACUGAACAUUUGUUCAUGUCUAUGCAGUAUCUUCUGUACGUCUUGUGAAACAACAGGAGCUAACAAUGCAAAGCAAAUACAAAGUUUUGAGCAAAAAUCAAACUAAAACAUCACAAAGCAAAAACAAAGCUAUUAUCAAAGAACCGUGGACUUGCAGAAGAUAUUGCUUAGUAGACAUUCAAACUCUCAUAUUAAGACGGGGUCGCAAGUGGCCCGCCAGUUUGAGACCCCUGUUCUAGAAAGUCAUUCCAUCUAGUAAAUAUUUCUUUUCUAUCAUUUCACUUAUUUCACCAAACACCUAGAAUGUCAUCAGAAGUAGAUAAUUAUAAUAAGAAGUGAUUUUUUUUUACUUAAAGUGCAUUAAACGAGUGUGGCUAACGUCACAUUUCCCACCUCCCACCUCAAUGAUGCCACGUUUCUCCUUAAAAAAUGUUUUUGUUCCUCUAACAUUUUUGCUACAAUAGAAAAAAAAUGAAAUAAAAAAUGUUUACCUCUUUUCAAAAA